GCUUUCACCACUCCUGGGGAACUUCAGGUGGUGCUCGAAUUGCAUCAUCAAUCCAGUUUCAGCUUCCUCAAUCUCAACUCUACUCUGCAUCUACCGAGUCUCAUUUUACUGCAUCUCCGACCCAUUGCAUUGCAUUGCAUUUGUUUUCCUUUCCUGCUGCUCCGGGAAGCCGCGGAGUUGAUCUGUCGUUUGUCGGUUGUUUUCUAGGCGCCAUCUCGUCUCCCUCUCCUGCUCCUCCUCCUCUUUCUUCUCUCCCCUCCCCUCCCCCCUCUCCUCUCGAGCGAACGGCAAACGGCAAACGGCAAUCGAGAUCGCAUUGGAUUCCCUUCACACCACCGACAACCUUGGCUUUCGCUCGCCGCCUCGAGCAUCGCUUUCCCUAAACAUAAGGGCCCUGUGACAUCGACAGUGAGGCCAAGGCGAAGAAUCUUACCUUCUCAGCUACGUUCAGCAUGUCCCUCUUCGGCUCAUCGCCUGGGGAGUCCCCUUCCUCGGCGUCUCCCGCCGCUCCGUCUCGCUCCCUUUUCGACGACGAAGCCUACUCCGCCGGCAAGUCCGCUUCCAAUUCGCUCUUCGCCGACGACGACUUUUCCGGGGACGGGAGCAGGUCCCCCUGGGACAUGCCUACCCCGCGCAAGCAACAGUCUCUUGCCGACCUCAUCCGUACCCUCCUUCCCGCUUCCGACUCCCCCGACAGCUACAUCGACGCCUUCGAUAGAUUCGUGCAUGAAGAUGGUGCCGAUGGCAAGGUGGCUUCCGCCGGCGUUACCAAGCUUUUCGAAGCUGCAGAGCUCCGCGCCGAUCAGCAAGACCACAUCAUGUCCAUCGUCCGCCCCAGCCGCACCGACGUCGCUUUCGACCGAGCCGAGUUCAACGUGGUGUUAGCACUGGUUGGCCUGGCCCAAGAGGGAGAGGCUGUCAGCUUGGACGGCGUCGACGAGCGCCGCAGAAAUCUUCCCAAGCCCAAGCUCGCCGGUCAACUCGCUACCCCGGCGAUGCCUCCCACCUCCGAGCUCGCCGCCAAACCUCCCCAAUCGCCUGCGUCGCCUGCGUCACCUGCCAAGCAGCAGCAACACGAACGACAUCAACAACACCAGCCUCUUUCCCCGUCGAAACCCCAAACCAUCCGACGCCCUCCCAUGGAGUUCCCCGAGACCGACGACCCAUGGGGGUCACCCGGUGCCCAUAAACAUCACAACCACCCACCAAUGAUACCCCAGGCGAAUGGCCCUAGUUCACAAAUCCACAGCACCAGUCAUGGUGCCACCGACUUUCCUGCCACGGAGAACACCACCAUCGCAGGCCGAACCUUGUCCUCCUAUACCGCUCCCACCGUCACCCCUGGCACCGGCUCGAUUCAGCCACCCACGGAAACCUCAGUCACGUCGCCGGCUGUAGGCGACUGGGGUUAUUUCGAGGGCAACAGUCCUGGUGGAGGCUUCGUCGACCCUUUGCCGGGCCAGCAGGCGGCGAAUCCAUUCGGGGGUAAUGGGAACAGAGGUUCCACAGGAAACGCCCCGGACGUGCCGGCUCUGCGACCCGCCGUCAGCCGUACAGGUCAUGCUGUGGAGGAAAUCAUCGUUGUCACCCUUAUGCCCGAGAAAGAGGGCCUCUUCUUCUUCCAACACCACAACUACGAAGUGUCCAGCGUGAGGAGAGGGAGCAAAGUGAUUCGGAGAUAUAGCGACUUUGUGUGGCUGCUGGACUGCCUACACAAGCGGUACCCAUUCCGGGCACUUCCCCUGCUUCCCCCGAAGCGUGUCGCAGUCAACGGCAACCACCUUUCGAACGACGGGGCUUUCAUCGAGAAGCGCCGGCGUGGACUCGGACGGUUCCUCAAUGCACUUGUUCGCCAUCCGGUUCUGGGCCAAGAACAACUCGUCAUCAUGUUUCUGACCGUGCCGACCGAAUUGGCCGUGUGGCGCAAACAAGCCACCAUCUCCGUUCAGGAUGAGUUCGCCGGUCGCGCCCUCCCCCCGGGCCUCGAAGACUCUCUCCCGCCUACACUGGAAGAACUUUUCAACCGGACCCGAGCUGGCGUGCGGCGUUCGUCUGAACUUUACAUCAACGUCUGCACCAUCAUGGACCGUCUCGUCAAGCGUACCGAAGGCGUCGCCGCAGACCAUGCCCGCAUCGCGCUCUCCCUGCAGUCCCUCACGGAAGCCAGCAACGACACGUACGCCACCGACACCAACGACGUGCCCCUGCUCAACGAUGGCCUCACGGCGACGAGCAAGCAUCUGCGGACUUGCCAGAGCCUGUUGGAAGACGAGAGCAAGGCGUGGGAUGCGGGUGUGCUGGAGGACCUCAAGCGCCAGCGUGACACCCUCGUGAGCAUCCGGGACAUGUUCGAGAGAAGAGACCGGCUCGACAAGGACAACAUUCCCUACCUGGAGCGGAGGAUACAGACCAACGAGACGAAGCUGGCCAACUUGCGCAACAAGCCCGAGGGUAUGGUGAAGCCGGGCGAGGUUGAGAAGGUCGUCGAAGCCAUCAUCAAGGACAAGGAAUCCAUCGUGAGCCAGCACAACAGGUCCGUUUUCGUCAAGGAGUGCAUCCGCGACGAGCUGCUCUACUUCCAGUCGAGCCAGUACCACGUCUCCCGCUGGAACCAGGAUUGGGCCCAGGAACGAGUCAAGUACUCGGAGAUGCUGGCGGACAACUGGCGCCGCUUGCUGGACGAGCUGGAUGGCAUGCCCCUAGGCGACUAGGAGGAUGGCGGGUUUACCGUCGUUUUGGUUGUGCUUUUCCAUCUCGCCCUUUUCACGGACCAGAGGCAUUUCGAGGAGGGGGCCGUAAUGGCCAUGAUGGUGGGAGUAGGCCGAGAAGCUUGAAUGGUCCGGUCCAUUGUAUCAAAGUUGUCCUGUCAGCUAUGUACGCUGUCGUAAUUGUUGUUUCUUGUUUGUACGAUUCCAAGCCACCAUCUUGGCGUAUACCCUCUGCGUACCAAUGAGCUGCUUUUCAAUAUAUUGCUUUUUAUCCCCCCCC